CAUUCGGCAUUCAGCAGUGUAAAAUAGUUUGUUGUUUGCAAAAUAUGCAUUCGUGAAAUGGAAAAUACAACUGCAUACUAUCGUGCUGCAGCUAAACGAAAAUAGUUUAUAUUAUAUCCGUUGACUGAAGCAAUAUACUUACAGUGAUAUAAAUGUGAAACGCUAUUGUUUUGCUUUAGUUUAGUUGUAUUCUACUUCAAGUGGAAUUUUGCUGGAAUUUGAGCGGGCGCUAUGGGUUCUUACAGCAAAAAAUCAUCCGCUGAGUGGAUAAUAGACCAGCUCAAUGUGGAAAAUGCAAAGCUUUUAGCAUUUUUCUUGGUCAUUGGUUUUAUUGGUUAUCAUGGGGUUUUGCAUUUGAAAUAUGGGUCAGACUCCUGCACUUGGCUUCUGACAGCAGGAAGAUACAAAGGUGAUCAUGAGUGGCAACCUUAUGGCUGUAUGUUACACAAGUACUCCAAAACGGACGCGAGACGAUGUUUCCGAUACCUUGCCUUUUGGGGCAAGUACAACAGCUUUGCGUUCAUUGGCGACUCCCGGCUCGAACAACUUUAUGAAUAUUUUAUAAGCGUGGUCCGUACUCGACUGGACCUGGACUCCCCGUACUCGACGGUGGAGCACCGCAUGCCCAACUACACGUACGUGGACAACAAGCUCCGGCUCUCCGUCACCUUCGUAUACAGCGACGAUGUCUCCAAGACCAUGGUCGACCAGUUCCGCACAUGGCAGCGUUCAGACCAACCGCCCUCCGUGAUCAUAGCCUCAACUGGCCUUCAACUGCUCAAAACUCGAAAUACUACAGAUUUAGUUUUAGAGGAAUACAAAAGGAACCUUACGCAUUUGGUGCAAGCUAUAGAUUCGCUUGCAGCACGUAAAACGCAGGUUUUGUGGAAGUUGAUUGAAGGUGUGGAUGUGAAUAAAUUACAGAAUGAAUAUAAAAGGAUCAACAACAAUGAUAUUGACUCGUACAACAGAGCUGCUGUAGAGAUCCUGACGCACAGCGCGGCGAAGAUAUGGAAGUCUGCGGCGCUGGUGGCGGACGGGGCCGGCGCGGGCGGCGCGGGCGGCGCGGGCCCGGCUACGGAGGGAGGCGGCGCGGCGCUGGCGGCGCGCGCGCUGGCGCACUGCUCGCAGCUGCUGCUGAACAUGUUCUGCAACGACCACAUGAACUACAGCGACGGCUCCUGCUGCGCCCAGCCCGAGCCAUACACGCAGCUACAGAUACUCACCUUCGCCAUAUUCUUGCUCUGCGGCGUACUGUGGGUGGUUCGUAGCGCUUGGGGAGCGUACGAAUCAGCGCGCUCACACUUGCAGGGCUACACCCCGGUCAGUCGGGCUGCGCCCUCGUCUGACGCCGACGCCUCGGGGUCUUCGCCCUCGCUCCUCGCAGCCAUGGCCCGGCUCGGCCUCAUUAUGUCCUAUUUCUACUUGUGCGACAGAACCAACUUCUUUAUGAAGGAGAAUAAAUACUAUUCCGAGUGGAGUUUCUGGUUGCCUGUCGGCUAUGUGUUCGCGCUGGGAUUGUUCUUUACUGAAGACUCCAAGUCUAAUACUGUCCUUCACCGAGAGCAGACGGACGAGUGGAAGGGUUGGAUGCAACUAGUUAUCCUUGUGUACCAAGUGACGGGGGCUAGUAAGGUGCUUCCUAUUUACAUGCUGGUCCGCACCCUGGUCUCCGCGUACCUGUUCCUGACAGGGUAUGGGCACUUCUACUACACGUGGAAGACAGGAGACACCGGCCUGGUCAGAUAUUUGAGGGUCAUAUUCCGACUGAACUUUUUGACUGUAGUGCUAUGCCUGACAAUGAACAGACCAUACCAGUUCUACAGUUUCGUGCCGCUCGUCUCGUUCUGGUAUACGCUGAUGUUUGUGAUCUUCGCGCUCCCGCCUCACAUAACGCCAUCUUCAAGUCACACGGUGGAGUCGCGGCCCUACCAGUACCUAUACAUUACCAUUAAGGUGAUAGGCCUGCUAGUCAUAGUGACCGUACUCUACAUGAGUGAGGUCUUCUUCCAGAAGAUAUUCGUCACCAGACCCUGGAAGGCACUGUUUGUGAACUCCGACGAUGAUAUUCAUCAGUGGUGGCUGCAGUGGAAGCAAGAUCGGUACUCGAUGGCGUUCGGCAUAAUGUUCGCGCUGGCGUACCUGGCGGCGCGGGCGGCGGGGGCGGCGGGCGCGCUGGACGAGCGCGCGGGCAGCGCGUGGGGCGGCGGCGCGACGGCGCUGGCGCUGCUGGGGCUGGCCGCCUACGCCGCGUUCGCGCUGCUCUGCAGCAACGCGUCGGACUGUGACGAGAUCCAGUCGUACGUGUCGUUCCUGCCCGUGCUGAGCUACGCGUGGCUGCGCAACGCGCGCGGCGCGCUGCGGGCGCGGCACUCGGCGCUGUUCGCGUGGGUGGGCCGCGUCUCGCUGGAGCUGGCGGCGGGCGGCGCGCACGCGCUGGGCGCGGCGGACCGCGCGGGCCGGCUGGUGCUGCUGCCCGGCGCGCCGACGCUGAGCGUGCUGGUGGCGGCGUACGUGUUCCUGUGCGCGGCGCACGAGCUGCGGCGGCUGACGGCGCAGGUGGCGCCGCGCGCGGUGCCCGACGACUGGCGCCGCGCGCUGCGGAACGUCGCCAUCUUCCUCGCCGUGCUCGUGCCCAUCGGCAUACACGACGGCAUGUUCUAG